AUGGGUAAAGAUAUUAUUCCAAAUAUAAAAACAAAUUCAGCAUUAAGUGAUGGAUUACGUGGUUUAAAAAGCCAAAUAAAACCAGGACGAAUAUUAUGCGAUUGUAUGGCAAGAGACCACCCAUUAAUUGGUAACUGCUUAGGAUGUGGUCUAAUAGUUUGUGAACAACAAAGAAGUGGUCCCUGUUUAUUUUGUUCCAGAUUGGUUGUUUCAAAAGAUGAGUGGAAUAUUUUAGGAAAAAAUGACAAUGACAGUGUUGAGCUUAUGAUGAAAUUAACUGCAGAGGAUUCUGAUAACACUUUAAGUAGGAUAAAAAACUUAGAAAAAGCUUUAGAGACCAGGGAACAAUUACUUGAAGCUGAUAGUGAUAGUUCGCAUAGAAAUAAAGUACAUGAUUUACAGGGAGAUUAUAUAGAUAUUGAAAGUAAUACAUAUUUAACAAAUGAUGAAAGGCAACAAAUAGAGUCAAGAAAAGCGGAACUUGAUAUGUUACAUAGGCAAAAAAAGAAAAAAAUAUUUAUAGAUUUAGAUUUUAUGAAUGAAGCAAUAAAGGAAAGAGAAAAUAAUAGAAAUGAAACCGUCGAUUAUGGAAAAGACUAUAUUAUACAAGAUAUUUUAAAAUGUGCUUAUGCUAGAUUACAUAAAUUAGAGGAUUAUGAAGAUAAUCAGUAUGAAAUAAUUCCUAGGGGUAAUUUUACUCCCAUAUAUGAUGAUAUUUAUUCAAAAAAUGAUUUAAAAGAAAAUCCAAAAAUAUCAAAAGAAAUUAUGAGUGAAGUAUAUAAUAGUUGUUGUGAUGAAGCUUUGUUUACUGAAGUGGACUCUAAAGGUUUUUGUUUAUCGUUAGAGCAACCUUUAGCUAGUCUUCUUGUAAAUGGCAUCGAAAAACAUGUAUAUUGGGAUACUUUUUUGGACAUUAAAGGUCCUAUUUAUAUUGCAUCAGCUACAAAAAAUAUUAAUGAUGAGAAAUUAAAUGAGAUGAGAAUAAAAUAUAAGAUGGAUUUUCCUGUUGGAAGUAUUAUUGGAAGAUGUAUUUUGACAAGCUGUCAUUCAUUAGAUGAGUACAAUGAUUUGUUUCUACCAUCAAAAAUAAUCGGAAAGGGGGAUGGGUUUGUUUUAGUAUUUUCAGUAUUUGAAGAGUUACCCUGUUCAAUACCAUAUUUGUCAGAAAAAGGUUUCACCAAAUUAAAUACAAAUUUAUUACAAACAUUUAAUGUUUUUCUAACAAAUAAAUAUUUAUCCUUAUAA